AUGUCUCCCAAGGAAAUCCCAGCGGAGAACGGAAUCGAAGAGAAGGUCUCUGAUGGUUACCUUCAACAGAGCGAGGACAACUCGCAUCUGAGUGAUAACUAUUCAGAGAAAGGCUCUACCAAGGACCAUGCUUUGGCUGCCGUUGAAUCCAAAAACAGUUUGGAUACUGACGAUGGCUUCAAGUUCAACCAGGGCGAUAUCAUGGCCAUCUUGAUGGAUGACGAUGGAGACAUGCCUUGUUUGACCUUGAGAAUGUGGGUCAUGGCUGUUUGUCUUGGUGCUUUAGUGGCCGGUGUUGACUCUUUCUUCAACAUGCGUUUCCCAACAAUUGGUAUCGGUGUGGUUGUGAUUCAGGUCAUUGCCUGGCCUAUCGGUAGAUUGUGGUACAUGAUCAUUCCUCAGUGGACUGUUCCUCUUCCAUGGGGACUUUCCUUCAGCUUGAAUCCUGGUCCAUUUAAUUACAAGGAACACACGUGUAUUUUCGUCUUUUGCAACGUCGUCAUCAGUGCCGGUUUGGUUAACAAUUUGGUCAUUGAGGACACAAAGUUUUUCAAGAAGAAUAUUGGUAUUCCUCGUCAGAUUCUUUUCAACAUCUCGUGCUAUAUCCACUCUGUUGCCCUCGUUGGUAUCUUCAGAGACAUCAUGGUGACUCCAGCCGAGAGAGUCUGGCCUGGUGUGCUUUCUAACAUUGCUUUGUUCAAGUCCAUCUACUCCAGAGACAAUCCAGUGGUUCACGGUUGGAAGAUGCCUCGUUGGAUCUUCUUCAUCAUUGUGUUCCUCUGUUCUUUCGUCUACUACUGGUUCCCUGAUCUUAUCUUCCCAUUUUUCUCCACCAUCGGUGCAUGGAUCAGUUGGUGCAAGCCAAGCAGUGCUCCUCUUGCUCAGGUUUUCGGUGUCAAGAAUGGUCUUGGUCUUUUCCCAUUCACCUUGGACUGGACCCAGAUCACUUCGAUCAACAACCCAUUGACUACACCAUUCUUUGCUGUUGCUUCAAUGUUUGCCUCGUUUGUCUUCUGGAUUUGGAUUGUCUUGCCUGGUCUUUACUACCAGAACCACUGGCAGACUGCUCACAUGCCUAUCAUGAGUAACUCUGUUUUCGACGUUCACGGUAAGCAGUACAACUUUUCAAGAAUCGUGGAUGACGGUUGGAACCUUGAUCGCGAGGCUUUUGACAACUACUCGCAGGCAUUCAUGCCCAUUGCUUUCUUGAUGAGUUUGGCUCUUAGUAUUGCUGUUUUCGCCUCCCUUGUGGUUCACACCGCUUUGAAGUUCCGUUCUGAGAUCUGGGGUCCAUGGGCCAACAGAAGCACUCACGACGACAUCUUCAACCAGGCCGUCAGACAGUACAAGGAAUUCCCCAAGUGGAUUUAUGUUGUUUUCUUGGUGAUCAGUUUGGCUCUUGGUUUUGCCUUCUCUGAAGGUUGGGAUGACUCUCCAAUUGACGCUGGUGGAUACUUCGUUUCUGUCUUGAUUGGCAGUAUCAUGUUUGUUCCACUCUCCCUCUUGGAAGCCAGAGCCAACACGAACGUCUCCUUGGCUGCUUUCUUCGAGAUUGUCAGUGCUAACUGGUACAAGGGUAACGCAUACAAGUUGCUUUACUUCUACUCCUUCGGUUUCAGUAUCAUCCAGCACGGUAUGCACAUGGCUCAGGGUGCCAAGAUGGCCCACUACAUGAGAGUUCCACCCAAGAAUAUCAUGUUCUUGCUUUUCUGUGCCGGUAUUUGGGCCUCUCUUGUGUCUCCAUCUGUCACUGGUUACUUGUUGAACCACAUCGACGACAUCUGUACCGACAACGCCGCCAACAACAUGGUUUGUCGUAAGCAGAAGACCUCCUUCAACAGUCACACCAUGUGGGGCUUGUUUGGCAGCGAGAUCUUUGUUCCUGGUGGCAGAUACGGCUGGGUCUUGUGGUUCUUCCUCGUUGGAGCUCUUGUACCAAUUGCACACUGGACCUGGUGCAGGUUUAGACCUAAAUCUUGGGUCAAGAGAUUCGACCCUAUUUUGUUCUUCGGCGGUGCUGGUAUGAUUCCAGGUGUUACUGGUUACAACUUCUCCACCUGGUUCGUCACCGCAGCCAUUUUCAACUACUUCAUCCACCGUAAGUACACAUCCUGGUGGAGAAAGUACAACUUGGUGAGUUCCAUUGCCCUUGACUCGGGUGUUGCUAUUGCCGCCAUUUUAAUCUACUUCUGUGUGGUGUACACUGGAGGUUCCAAGAACUACAAAUGGUGGGGCACUGAAGUGGCCCUGAAGGGAUGUGAUGCCAACGGAUGUCCACACCUCGACAAACAAAUUCCACGCCAAAAAGGCUACGAGUUUUAA